UGUCAUAAUAACGUCAACUUAGCGUCAAGCGUCACCCAACUAACGUCAAAAGCAGCGUCCGUUUGAUUUGAAAUGUCAUUUUGUAUUUUUAAAUUGUUUUGAAAAGAAAGAUUGUUGAGAAGUUUUGAUAAUAGUAUUACGAAAAGAAAAAACAAGGAUAAGAAGAAAAUUUGUCAUUAAUACACUGUGGGAAGUAGUUGUAAUCAGGAGACAGUGCACAAAAAUGGAAAAUUGCGAGAAAGAAAGUGACGCCCAAAAAUCUUUUAGUUCACCACCAAGAAGAAGACGUUCAACGUUUUUUGAAAGACGUGACUCUAUUGUUCCACAACCUGAAAUAAUAGACCCAAUACAAACAGAAAAUAUUGACCCAAAUUUCUAUAAAAAGCUAAAUGAAGUGGACAACAAACACAAUCAAGAUCUAAAGAGGUAUCAUGACAUUCUUUUAGCUGAAAAGAAUCAGUGGAAAGUAGAAGUAAAAUGCAGAAGAAAUAAAUACCAUGACUUGAGACAGCAGUUUCAAAUUGCCUCAAAUGCACCAUCAAGAUCCAGAAUAUCAUAUUCAGCACUAUCAAAUGAGGACAUUGAGUUUCUGAAAGGAAAGGUUAAUGUAUCACAACUUGUUGAAAAUCAAUGUAACUUGCACAAAAGUGUGUUGAGGACUCGAGAUUUUUUUAGACGGGCAACAGAACUUGACAAUGUUGUUCUUGACCACUGCGAAAAGAAAUUAAGUAAAGUCACAGAUUACAUAUUGCAGAACAGUACAAUUGAUUUUAAAUAAUGAUAGCUUGGGUUUAUAUCUCCACAUGACCUAAUAAACUUUACAUUAUAUGUAGACAUAUCUAGGGCAGAAAAUCCUAAUUAUUUUGUGUAACAGAUUAAAUUAUGACCUAUGUAACAUAUCUGUGGAAAACCAAAAUUCAAAUAAAUAGCCUAAAGGCCAACAAAGAGUAAAUGCAUGCACAAUAAAAUGAUGUGGCAAUUCCAAAUCUUUUUGUGCGUUUGUGUACAAUACAUAUUCCUUAAAAAUGUUUAAUUUCUGCAGCCAGGUAAGGUCAUAUUGUAAUUUUUGGUUAAGAUUAUUUAAUAAAGUUAUUGUACAUAUGUGUAGUUAAACUUAAAUUAAAAUAGUCACAAGUAGAGAAAGGUUGGAGCCUGUUGCAGAGAAAUAUAUGUUACAUAUUUGAAAAAAACUAAAAGAUAUCUAUCUUUUAGGUCGUAUUCCCACUAAUUUUAUUAAAAAUUAAAAUCAAAGACUAUCAACAUUGCAUGUACAUAACAUAAAAAAUUCUGCUAAGUUUAAAUGUAAAUUGUGAAUAGUUCAAUUUGCCCUGUACUUUUGUACAAUAUAUUAUUACAAUUAAGCACUAGAUUAAUUUUUUUUUGUCAUAGUAUGAGCAAUGCCUUGAAGUGUAAAUAAUAUUUUUUAAGAUUGUACUUCUUUCUAAUUAUGACAUUUAACUAAAAUGUAUAUGGUUAACUAACAUUUAAAAAAAUAUAUUAACGUAACUGUCUCUGCCUGAUAUUUUAACUUGGCACUUCACUGCAGACUGCAGUGAGAUUCAAGUUGAUUAAAUUAUUCUAUUAAGAUUUUCAUACAUUUCUCAAAUUGGUUGGUUAUUAAAGAUUUUUUUUUAUCAUGUUAAUUUAAUUUAAAAAUAAAUAUUCAUAAUGGAAAGAUAUUAUUAUAAUUUUCUUGCAAUUUUACCUAUGUGGUCUAUGUAAUGUAGUGUUAAACUAAAAAUUAAUAUAAUUGUUAAAACACAA